ACCACAAUCAAACCCUCAAGGUCAUCAAAUAGGAUAAAAAGAAAAUAUACAACACAGCAUAUUGCUAAAACAUCAACACAGACAAUGGGUCCAUGUCAUGCAGCUGCAGUUGCUGCAGCUACUACUGCUCUCCACACCAUUCCACAGUAUAAAUAUGCUGCAGGAGUUUGCAAUCCUCAGCAACAUCUUAAUGCACAGCCACAAGUUACAAUGCAACAGCCUACUGCAGUACAAGGUCAGGACCCUUUAACUGCUUCCUUUUUGGCAUCUGCCCCUCCUCAAGAGCAAAAGGAAAUAUUGGGAGAAUGGCUGUUUCCUCUUAUUCAAGCCAUGUACUCUACUCUUGCUGGUAAAAUCCCUGGCAUGUUGUUGGAGACUGAUGAUUCAGAACUUCUUCAUAUGCUCAAGUCUCCAGAGUCACUCUGUUCUAAGAUUGAUGAAGCUACAGCUGUACCACAGGCCCACCAAGCUAAAGAGGCUGCCCAGAAAGCCGUUAACAGUGCCGCUGGUGUUCCAGCUGUUUAA